AUGAACGGGCACUACUCCGACGGCGGACUCUACAUCCUCCUCUCCCCCCUCGGCGGCGGAUACUACCACCAUGCCCUCUACAUCCACGUCUCCCACCCCUACGGCAUGCUCUACUACCUCAACCCCGCGACCGCGACCUCCCCGUCCACCCUAUGCGACCAACUGACCGAAGACAUUCCCACUUCCCGCACCAUCAUCGCAGCUCUCCUCAUCGACCCCGACGUCCGCGAUCACCGUCUCGCGAGCGCGCAUGACAUUUUAGUCGACACCCCUGUCCCUCCAGUCUCUACUUCUGCUAGCACUUCCGCAGAUAUCGCGAGCGCCAGCAGCGCUUGGGUCUUCUCAGCACUCACACGCCUCGGUGCAGCGGUGUUCGGCAUCGAUGAGCCCGUCGCGCCGUUGAUGGAGGAUGCUGUGCUCCUAGCUUCCUUUGCGGCCUCGAACGGGUCGAGCGAGAUGAGAGAGUCGAGGACGGUACGGGCGAAGAGGAAGGCGGCGGAGAUGUGGGAAGUGAGGAAGUGUGGUGUUAGUGGGUGUGAGACUUGUGCUAUGCUUCUCCAGAGGGGGUGUAUGGAUGGGUGA